AUGUCGUCCGAAGGUGAGGACUUCAACGAGGACAACAUGUCUGGUCUGCCUCAAAAUCAGAAGAGGCGAAGGAUACAACGAGCAUGUGACAUCUGCAGGACCAAGAAAAUCCGAUGCGACGGAGUCCAAAUGCCCGGAAAUCGCUGUUUAAAUUGUAUAACGUGCAGUUUCGAUUGUACAUACGUUCAGAAAGCGAAGAAACGAGGUCCUUCAAAGGGUUAUGUGGAAAGCUUGGAACGUCGCGUGGAAAUGCUGGAAGAGGUUUUGCGGAGGUUAUGCCCAGACCAGAACAUUUUGAAAGAGCUCCACAUUGCCACAGACCGAGAAAGCCAUUCCCCUGACGCCGCUGCGAAAGCAGAGCAAGUCUGUAGCUCCGCCUCCUUGCCGCGCGCUGUCAAUGUAGCCACCUCCGACAUCAGUAGGGUCGGUGAACCCGACGCCGACCAGCAAGACGAAGACUUUGUUACUUCAACUCUCGUAGAAAACCUGAAGAAACGUGGCAUCGACUCUAGGCCCAGUGACAAGCUCGAAGACAGAUUUUUCGGAAAAUCAAGUGGAGCUAGUCUCAUUAAGACCGCGAUGGAGCUCAAGAGUGAGUACGUGAGCAACGACAACUUCAAAGCCCCUCCUUCAAUGAUUCUUGGCCACAAGCGUCUUGAGUUUUGUGCACCACAACCCUGGGAAAAAUGCCUUGGAGGCACAGACAACCCACCGAUACAAUCAUUUCCUGAUCGGGAUCUCAUGGAGCAACUUGUCGACGCUUUUUUUUUGCACUUCAAUCUCUAUCAAGCCAUCCUUCAUAGGCCAACCUUUGAAAGAUCCGUUGCAGAAGAUCUACAUCUCACAAAUACUGGCUUUGCAUGCACUCUUCUCCUCGUCUGCGCAAUCGGAUCACGGUUCUCAGAGGAUCCGCGAGUAUUUCUUGAAGGACAGAAUUCACCUCAUUCUCGUGGCUGGAAGUGGUUUGAGCAAGUACAGACAGCUAGGUCGCUUUUAGUCUCACCUUCACUGUACGACAUGCAAUUCUACUGUCUCUCGGUAAUGUUCUUGAAAGACUCUUCUGCUCCUCAGUCAUGUUGGUCCAUGGUUGGCAUUGGUAUCCGGUUGGCACAGGAGGUAGGCGCACAUAGGCGUAAAGCACGGGACCAUGUGAUGACCGUAGAGGACGAGCUGUGGAAGCGCGCCUUCUGGUUUCUGGUCUGUCUGGACAGGAGGUUGAGCACUGCUCUUGGUCGCCCCUGUGCAAUUCAAGAUGACGACUUUGACCUUGACAUGCCCAUUGAGUGUGAUGACGAAUACUGGGAACAUCCUGAUCCUUCGCAGCGUUUCAAGCAACCCGCAAAUAAACCUUCGCUUAUCAGUUAUUUCAUUCUCGACAUCAAGCUACACCAGAUUGCAAGCUUUGCGUUGCGUACCAUCUAUUCGAUCAAUAAGUCCAAAAGCUUAUCUGGCUUAGUCGGCCCUCAGUGGGAGAUGCAGGUAGUGGCGGAACUUGACUCGGCUCUCAACAAAUGGGUGGACUCAGUCCCAAAUCACUUGCGCUGGGAUCCAAACCGUGAAGACGGUAGAUUUUUCAAGCAAUCUAUCGUCUUAUACGGGACCUACUAUCACAUCCAGAUUCUUGUCCAUCGUCCAUUCAUCCCAUCGAAAAACAAGCAGUCACCAUCACCAUUCCCUUCCUUGGUCAUCUGCACGAAUGCCGCAAGGUCAUGUACCAAUAUUGUUGACAUUCUGCAGAAGAGGAAUUUUAUCCCUCCGCCGCUAUUUCAGUUCGCUGCAUUCACAUCUGGGAUUGUAUUGCUGGCGAGCAUCUGGAGAGGGAAGCGCUCGGGAUUGUCAAUAGAUCCGAAUAAUGACAUGUCAGAUGUUUACAAAUGCAUGGGGAUGUUAAGGAGGUCCGAGGACCGGUGGCAUUUAGCAGGUCGCUUCUGGGAUAUCCUAUACGAGUUAACGUACAUCGGAGACCUUCCUCUCCCAGAGCCUAGUCCACCUGCGAACAAGCGCGAACGGGAUUCUGAGGCCCCUAUGGCAUCUCUGUCUCCCCCCAAGGAUGAUGCCCCAUCACCGAGCGACGUCCCAAGAAACCUUUCUGAUUUACAACGCGUGACCAGGCAUGUGCCCAUACCCAUGAGACACCUACCGUUGCCACAAGAGACGCGUUCUGCCGCUCAAGAAGACCAGUUUCAAAUGCAAGACCAACUUCGACUUCUUCCUCCUCCUCCGCAGUUAUCGCAGGCGCACAGACCGCUACACGCACAGCGCUCAUCGGAUAGUUUUCAGCCACCCCAGCCGUCGGAGUGCUAUAGGCUGCUGAUGUACAGCAGCGAACGCGUAACAUUGCCUCCGCACGGCAAUUUUUCGAUGACCGGACAGUCACUGCUUGACUAUCAGUCGCACUGCUACUGGUAUCCUUCAACCGAGCUUGCGGGGAGUGGGAGUACGACCACAAACGUUACUUCUGCAAUAAUCGACAACUCUGACACGUCCAGUUCUUCCUCCACCUUCAGCUACCGGUAUCCCAUUGUCACCGAAACAAAAUCCUCAACGCAGCGAUAUGGUGUGAUUGGCGGUGGGGCUGGGAGUUUGAUGGACACAACGGGCUCGAGUGCGACGUACAAUCCCUCCGCACCACACAACUACUAUCCAGGGGCGCUUGAUUCGGACACAGGUUCCUAUGUUGCGCCCACGAGAUCAAAUAGAAGCUCCUACACCAGGUCGUCGAGUCCAAGUGGGGGAUCCUAUGCUGCCCCCGAAAUAUCAAGCACAGCUUCACAUGCCGCCUCCGCCCUGUCGGUGAAUAGUAUGGGGAUGUACAGGGGCCAGUCAUUGGGCGGUGAUGGGAUGGUGCAUGGUUCACAUCUUAGGCUUGUGGACAAGUAUGCCGAACAACCACAAACUCCGCACAUCGACCCAGAUUUGAUGUCGACGUGGUCUAGCGCUCCGACUGGGUUUGCACUAGAAGAGUGGGGGUCAUAUUUACCGAAUGUUGGCGAGCCGACCCAGCAUCCUCCGGGACAUAUUAUCCACGGAUAG